UCAUCGAACUGCAGUACCUGGUCAAUGCGGAUUCAUCGUCGUGCCACCAUACCAUUAAAUACAAAAAAAAACGACGCGUCGCGCGUCGAAAUAAAAGUGUGUAUUAAAAAACCUCUGCAAUAGCCCCCUCAAUACGACAAGAAACCCCAAACGGCAAAACCGCAAGUUGAAUUGAGUGAGAAAUAUAGAGAGAGAGUGAAAACAGCGCAACAAUGUCGGAAGAAGUAGAUCGCAACGAUCCCGAGCUGAAAUACCUUUCGGUGGAACGGAACCAAUACAAUGAUCCGGCCACACAGGCCGAAUGGACACAGAAGCGUCUGGUCUGGGUGCCCCACGAGAAUCAGGGCUUCGUGGCCGCCAGUAUUAAGCGGGAACAUGGCGACGAGGUCGAGGUGGAACUGGCCGAGACCGGUAAGAGGGUCAUGAUCCUGCGCGACGACAUACAGAAGAUGAAUCCUCCAAAAUUCGACAAAGUCGAGGACAUGGCCGAGCUGACUUGCCUUAACGAGGCCUCCGUGCUGCACAACAUCAAAGACAGAUACUACUCUGGCUUGAUCUAUACAUAUUCCGGUCUCUUCUGCGUGGUGGUCAAUCCGUAUAAGAAGCUGCCCAUCUACACCGAAAAGAUCAUGGAACGGUAUAAGGGUAUAAAGCGACACGAAGUGCCACCGCAUGUGUUUGCAAUAACGGAUAGUGCCUAUAGAAACAUGCUGGGUGAUCGCGAAGACCAAUCGAUUUUGUGUACUGGCGAAUCGGGUGCUGGCAAAACGGAGAACACCAAGAAGGUCAUCCAAUUUCUGGCCUAUGUGGCAGCCUCCAAGCCCAAGGGCUCCGGUGCGGUGCCGAAUCCUGCCAUUCUGAUUGGCGAACUGGAGCAACAACUGCUGCAAGCGAAUCCCAUACUGGAGGCCUUUGGCAAUGCCAAAACCGUCAAGAACGACAAUUCAUCGCGUUUCGGUAAAUUCAUACGAAUCAAUUUCGAUGCGUCUGGCUUCAUUUCGGGUGCCAAUAUCGAGACGUAUCUGCUGGAGAAGUCGCGUGCCAUCCGUCAAGCAAAGGACGAACGUACAUUCCACAUCUUCUAUCAGUUGCUGGCGGGCGCCUCGCCGGAGCAGCGCGAGAAGUUCAUCCUCGAUGAUGUCAAGUCGUAUGCAUUCCUGUCCAACGGCAGCCUGCCGGUGCCUGGUGUGGAUGACUAUGCCGAGUUCCAGGCCACCGUCAAGUCGAUGAACAUCAUGGGCAUGACCUCGGAGGACUUCAAUUCGAUAUUCCGCAUCGUGAGCGCUGUCCUGCUGUUCGGAAGCAUGAAGUUCCGACAGGAGCGCAACAACGACCAGGCCACGCUGCCCGACAACACGGUGGCCCAGAAGAUUGCCCAUCUGCUCGGCCUGAGUGUGACGGACAUGUCGCGGGCGUUCCUCACGCCGCGCAUCAAGGUGGGCCGCGACUUUGUCACCAAGGCCCAGACCAAGGAGCAGGUGGAGUUCGCUGUGGAGGCCAUUGCCAAGGCCUGCUACGAGCGCAUGUUCAAGUGGCUGGUGAAUCGCAUCAAUCGCUCGCUGGACCGCACCAAGCGGCAGGGGGCCUCCUUCAUCGGCAUUCUCGACAUGGCCGGCUUUGAGAUCUUCGAGCUGAAUUCGUUCGAGCAGCUGUGCAUCAACUACACGAACGAGAAGCUGCAGCAGCUGUUCAACCACACCAUGUUCAUUUUGGAGCAGGAGGAGUACCAGCGCGAGGGCAUCGAGUGGAAGUUCAUUGACUUUGGGCUCGAUCUGCAGCCCACCAUCGAUCUGAUCGACAAGCCCGGCGGCAUCAUGGCGCUGCUCGACGAGGAGUGCUGGUUCCCCAAGGCCACCGACAAGUCGUUUGUCGACAAACUCGUCUCGGCCCACUCGAUGCAUCCGAAGUUCAUGAAGACCGACUUCCGGGGCGUGGCCGACUUCGCCAUCGUCCACUAUGCCGGACGGGUGGACUACUCGGCGACCAAGUGGCUGAUGAAGAACAUGGAUCCGCUGAACGAGAACAUUGUGUCGCUGCUGCAGGGCUCUCAGGAUCCGUUUGUGGUGAACAUCUGGAAGGAUGCGGAGAUCGUUGGCAUGGCACAGCAGGCCCUGACCGACACCCAGUUCGGGGCACGCACCCGCAAGGGCAUGUUCCGCACCGUGUCCCACCUGUACAAGGAGCAGCUGGCGAAGCUGAUGGACACGCUGCGCAACACGAAUCCCAACUUCGUGCGCUGUAUCAUACCGAACCACGAGAAGCGGGCGGGCAAGAUCGAUGCCCCCCUGGUGCUCGACCAGUUGCGUUGCAACGGCGUCCUCGAGGGCAUCCGCAUCUGCCGCCAAGGCUUCCCCAAUCGCAUACCCUUCCAGGAGUUCCGCCAGCGGUACGAGCUGCUCACACCGAACGUCAUCGCCAAGGGCUUCAUGGACGGCAAGAAGGCGUGCGAGAGGAUGAUCCAGGCGCUGGAACUCGACUCGAAUCUGUAUCGAGUCGGUCAGUCGAAGAUCUUCUUCCGCGCCGGCGUCCUCGCCCAUCUCGAGGAGGAGCGAGACUUCAAGAUCUCCGACCUGAUCGUGAACUUCCAGGCCUUCUGUCGCGGCUUCCUCGCCCGCCGCAACUACCAGAAGCGGCUCCAGCAGCUGAACGCCAUCCGCAUUAUUCAGCGUAAUUGCGCCGCCUACCUCAAGCUCCGCAACUGGCAGUGGUGGCGCCUCUACACCAAGGUCAAGCCCCUGCUGGAGGUCACCAAGCAGGAGGAGAAGCUCGUCCAGAAGGAGGAUGAGCUGAAGCAGGUGCGCGAGAAGCUCGACACGCUGGCCAAGAACACGCAGGAAUACGAGCGCAAGUACCAGCAGGCGCUGGUGGAGAAGACCACCCUGGCCGAGCAGCUGCAGGCGGAGAUUGAGCUGUGCGCCGAGGCGGAGGAGUCGCGCUCCCGUCUGAUGGCCCGCAAACAGGAGCUCGAGGACAUGAUGCAGGAGCUGGAGACGCGUGUCGAGGAGGAGGAGGAGCGUGUACUGGCCCUGGGCGGUGAGAAGAAGAAACUCGAGCUGCACAUCCAAGAUCUGGAGGAGCAGCUGGAAGAGGAGGAGGCGGCGCGCCAGAAGCUGCAGCUGGAGAAGGUUCAGCUGGAUGGCAAGAUUAAGAAGCACGAGGAGGAUCUCGCUCUCACCGACGACCAGAACCAGAAGCUGCUCAAGGAGAAGAAGCUGCUCGAAGAGCGGGCCAACGAUCUCUCGCAAACGCUCGCCGAGGAGGAGGAGAAGGCCAAGCAUCUGGCCAAGCUGAAGGUCAAGCAUGAGGCCACCAUCGCCGAGCUAGAAGAGCGCAUGCACAAGGAUCAGCAGCAGCGCCAGGAGACGGACCGCACCAAGCGUAAGAUCGAAACUGAGGUCGCGGAUCUCAGGGAGCAGCUGAACGAGCGACGCACCCAAGUGGACGAGAUGCGGGCGCAGAUGGUGAAGCGCGAGGAGGAGCUUACCCAGACACUGAUGCGUAUCGACGAGGAGUCAGCCAGCAAGGCCACCGCCCAGAAGGCGCAACGUGAACUCGAAUCGCAGCUCGCCGAGAUCCAGGAGGAUCUUGAGGCCGAGAAGGCGGCCCGCGCCAAGGCCGAGAAGGUGCGUCGCGACCUCAGCGAGGAGCUUGAAGCUCUCAAGAACGAGCUUCUCGACUCCCUGGACACUACAGCCGCCCAACAGGAAUUGCGCUCCAAGCGCGAACAGGAGCUGGCCACGCUGAAAAAGUCGCUCGAGGAGGAGGGUGUGAACCACGAGGGCGUCCUGGCCGAUAUGCGGCACAAGCACUCGCAGGAGCUGAACGGCAUCAACGAUCAGUUGGAGAACCUGCGCAAGGCCAAGUCCGUGCUGGAAAAGGCCAAGGGCACGCUGGAGGCGGAGAACGCUGAUCUGGCCACCGAAUUGCGCAGCGUCAACAGCUCCCGGCAGGAGAACGAUCGCCGACGCAAGCAGGCCGAAUCCCAAAUCGCAGAGCUUCAAGUUAAACUGGCCGAGAUUGAACGCGCCCGUUCGGAGCUGCAGGAGAAGUGCACAAAGCUGCAGCAGGAGGCGGAGAAUAUUACCAAUCAGCUGGAGGAGGCUGAACUGAAGGCAUCGGCGGCCGUCAAGUCGGCCAGCAAUAUGGAGUCGCAGUUGACGGAAGCGCAGCAGCAGCUGGAGGAGGAGACACGCCAGAAGCUGGGCCUCAGCUCCAAGCUGCGUCAGAUCGAGUCCGAGAAGGAGGCGCUGCAGGAGCAGCUCGAGGAGGAUGAGGAGGCCAAGCGGAACUUUGAGCGCAAACUGGCCGAGGUCACCGGGCAGAUGCAGGAGAUUAAGAAGAAGGCCGAGGAGGAUGCCGACCUGGCCAAGGAGCUGGAGGAGGGCAAGAAGCGGCUCAACAAGGAACUCGAGGUGUUGGAGCGACAGGUGAAGGAGCUAAUUGCCCAGAACGAUCGUCUGGAUAAGAGCAAAAAGAAGAUCCAGUCGGAGCUGGAGGAUGCCACCAUCGAACUGGAGACGCAACGCACGAAGGUGCUCGAACUCGAGAAGAAGCAGAAGAACUUUGACAAGAUCCUCGCCGAGGAGAAAGCCAUAUCAGAGCAGAUCGCACAGGAGCGCGACACUGCGGAGCGUGAGGCGCGCGAGAAGGAGACCAAGGUGCUGUCGGUGUCCCGCGAGCUGGACGAGGCCUUCGACAAGAUCGAGGAUCUCGAGAACAAGCGCAAGACCCUCCAGAACGAGCUUGACGACCUGGCCAACUCCCAAGGCACCGCCGACAAGAAUGUCCACGAGCUUGAGAAGGCGAAGCGCGCCCUGGAGUCGCAGCUGGCCGAGCUGAAAGCACAAAACGAGGAGCUCGAGGAUGAUCUCCAGCUGACGGAGGAUGCCAAGCUGCGUCUCGAGGUCAAUAUGCAGGCCCUGCGUUCCCAGUUUGAGCGUGAUCUGCUGGCCAAGGAGGAGGGUGCGGAGGAGAAGCGACGUGGGCUGGUGAAGCAAUUGCGCGAUCUUGAGGCGGAGCUCGAUGAGGAGCGCAAGCAGCGCACUGCAGCCGUGGCGUCGAAGAAGAAGCUGGAGGGUGACCUCAAGGAGAUCGAGACCACGAUGGAGAUGCAUAACAAGGUGAAGGAGGAUGCUCUGAAGCAUGCCAAGAAGCUGCAAGCACAAGUCAAGGAUGCGCUUCGCGACGCCGAGGAGGCCAAGGCUGCCAAGGAGGAGCUGCAGGCGCUGAGCAAGGAGGCCGAGCGCAAGGUCAAGGCCCUGGAGGCAGAAGUAUUACAACUGACCGAGGAUUUGGCCAGCUCGGAGCGUGCACGACGGGCCGCCGAAACGGAGCGCGACGAACUUGCCGAAGAGAUUGCCAACAGUUCCAGCAAGGGCUCGCUGAUGGUCGAUGAGAAGCGACGACUGGAGGCCCGCAUUGCCACACUCGAGGAGGAGCUGGAGGAGGAGCAGUCCAAUUCGGAGGUACUGCUCGACCGCAGCCGCAAGGCGCAGCUGCAGAUCGAGCAGCUGACCACGGAGCUAGCCAACGAGAAGUCCAACUCGCAGAAGAACGAGAAUGGACGCGCUCUGCUCGAGCGCCAGAACAAGGAGCUGAAGGCCAAGCUGGCCGAGAUCGAAACGGCACAGCGCACCAAGGUGAAGGCCACCAUCGCCACACUCGAGGCCAAGAUCGCCAAUCUGGAGGAGCAGCUGGAGAACGAGGGCAAGGAGCGGCUGCUGCAGCAGAAGGCCAACCGCAAGAUGGACAAGAAGAUCAAGGAGCUGACGAUGAACAUCGAAGACGAGCGGAGACAUGUCGACCAGCACAAGGAGCAAAUGGAUAAGCUGAAUAGCCGCAUCAAACUGCUCAAGCGCAAUCUGGACGAGACGGAGGAGGAGCUGCAGAAGGAGAAGACGCAGAAGCGCAAGUACCAGCGCGAGUGCGAGGACAUGAUUGAAUCGCAGGAGGCCAUGAACCGUGAGAUCAACUCACUCAAAACUAAACUACGACGCACCGGCGGCAUGGGUCUCAGCUCCAGCAGGCUCACGGGCACACCCUCAUCAAAGCGCGGAGGAGGCGGCGGCGGUGGUGGCGGCGGCGGCGGCGGCGGUGACGACAGCUCAUCGGUGCAGGAUGAAUCAUUAGAUGGCGAGGAUUCGGGCAAUUGACGCGUUAAUUAUUAGGUCAAGAUCGAGAAUAGGACGGAGAAGUGAUGAAGAGAAGAGCAAAUUAAACGAUUAUAUUUAAUGUUUCUUUUAUAUAAUUUCUCUGUUAUUUUUUAUAUAAACUAUUAUACAUACUUAAAUUAAAAACGUAAACCAACAAAACCAACAUUUUUAUAACGACAAAAACAUAAAUAAUGAAACAAAAAAAAGCAAAUGCAAAAACAAUGUUGUAAAACACUCCAAUUCCCCCUAAAUUUAUAUAAAACAACCAUAAACACAUAAGAAACUUAUUCCCCGCAACCCUCGAGUGGCUGCCAAUCGGAGCACGCAUCGAAAAUAAAAACGACAUUUAUACAACACAAAAAUAAACUUAAUAACUCUUCCUUCAGCAUAUAGAGUCCUCCACACAACCAUCAGGAACACACUUACAUACUUCCACAUUGCAAUCUUUACAUACAUACAUAAAUACCUAACAUAGAACCCAUAGCAAUACGAUGCAAAAUAUGUAAUUCAUGCAUUUAACAACUAAAAACGGUUUUCAAAAUGGAAACCUAUCCGAAACAGAGCUGAG